GGGACGUGGUGGUAGGGGCCACUCGUAGCGCCGGUGAAACAGCAGGAGUUCUUUGGAGGUCGCCCUUGCUAAGCUUACCAGGGCCCAGUCCAACCCAUUUCGGGCAGCCAAGCUCUCGCCAGGAAUGACACGGCAAGGCGAGAUCUUCUGGUGGGAGAGAGCUACAUGAAAGUCGUCGAGUUGGUGUAAUCCUUCGGAGCGUGCGUUAAGUUUGCGCACCUGUUGCUCUGUCAUGGCGUUUCUGUGCCCCGUGAGAAUACGACGAGGGAAACGAAAGAAAGAAAGCAAUGAAAAACUAUCUGCACGUACACCGAGCAUUGGCCGCAUCACAGGCAGUGCCAGCAUCGAAACGCUGGUACGUGUGGGCAUCGAGAAAGAACAUGGCCUGUCCCCGGAUUCCAAAGUGGUAGUGCUGCAUGAUUUCACACCCUGUGUGGACGACGAGCUCGAGGUGCGGCGUGGUCAAAUCGUCAAUGUGCUGUACCAGGAGAAUGAUUGGGUGUACGUCAUUGCUUCCGAGACUGGUCAUGAAGGCUUCAUCCCUCACUCGUACUGUGCUCCCUAUGGUAGCCAGCUUGGUGACCUGGCCUUGACAGUGCGUCACAAAAAGCUUCCACGUGGUGUGGAUGAUGAACUUCUCGACCAGGCAUCGUCACGAGGCACGCACUCUGUUGACAGUGGACAGCAGUCAGACGCUGAAAGUUUUGGUGCUGCUGCCACCAGCAGUGGUCAGGAGCAGUGCUCUAGGGUUCACUUGGCACCAGGCCGCUCAAGUGCUCUGCCAGAUGUGCAUCCAUUCUUCAAAGACCCAGCCGGCCGCUAUGUGGUGUUGUACACAUUCGUGGCGCGUGAUGAAAAUGACGUGAGUGUCGAGCGCGGCGAAUUGGUGACUGUGUUGAACCACGAGGACCCAGACUGGUUCUGGGUGCUCCGCUCCGAUGGCCAGGAAGGAUUUGUGCCCAGCGCAUUUGUGUGCCCAGCUGUAGCCGACUCUGUGCAGGAAAACCAAGGAACCGUGCACGGUGCCAUGCAGCCAGGCAGCAAUGCCGUCUCUACCAGUGGUCAUCAUGGCAAUGUAUCGAGCACUGCAGCUGCUACUGAGGAGCUGCGCUUCCACGGCAGUGAGCUGGUGAUGCUUUAUGACUACAAGGCUCAAGCACCUGAUGACUUGACUGUGCGCCGCGGUGACUGGGUCUAUGCUGACCUUGCUAAUCAGACUGUGGAAGGGUGGCUGUGGGCCUACGCACCAAAGGUGCACAAAUACGGGUUCAUCCCGAAGGCCUAUGCUCGACCACCUGCCAUGACCUCAUUGUGAUCCUUGUAUUCAGGGCUUGUUCAUGAAAUACAGAAUAUAAACAUUCAAGUCUUCAGAAAGGAAGCAAGAAGGAUGCACAGAAGGUAAGGGCUCGAGGAAAAACAAAAAAAAGUCUCUGGUUGGGAGUGGUUACAGUCAGAAAUAACGCCUGCCCCUUCUGUGCAUCCCUUUUUUUUCUUGCUUUCUGAAUAAACUCCAUGCACUGUUUACACUUCA